UGUUGGGGAAGGAGGAGGCUACAGGGCUGGGAUGGGCCUGAGUAUGGGUGGUGGUGGUGGUGGCAGUGCUGCCUUCUCUAUGGGACGCACCAUGGCAUUAGGAGGGCUAUGAGCGGGUGUAUUUCUGGAUGCAGCGGGAGCUGCUGCGGGGCCCUUACUGGCCCCGGUCCUCUCGUGGGCUGCCUACUCGUGGGCUGCCUAGGAAGAUGCCUACUACAAAAUCAAGGUACAGCUUACUCAAACUACAAAAUGCAAAUCGACAGCAUUAGGCCUACUAAAUGUAAAUGACAUUUUAUUAUUGUAAUACCAUUUCGAUUUUCUAAACAAUAUGAAUUAUAUUUGCUACUUAUUUUAAAGCCACUCCUGUGAAUGUACAAUAUACUCUCUGCCCAAUAGGGGUCAGUAGAAAUGGCUGGAUGUCUCAUGGUGAAUGAGAUAGGCCUACUUAGAAAAUAUUUGGACAUGAGGAUGCUAUGUUUUUGGGGAACGACACAAAGUAUAAAUCCCUUAAUCUAUGUAAUGAAAUAACUAGCGCAUGGUUUACAGAGUCUGAAAAGUAGAUCACUCCGAACAACUAGUUACUGAACAACUAGUUAUACUGUUGUCUUUUCACUCAGAAAAGGCCUAGAAGCUACUCAAAGGGCAUUACAUUUUGGCCUGCAGGAACAAGGGGGAGGAACACUUUGGCUUGAUCUGUUGAUCUUCUUAGAGCUGAAACUGUCACAGACACCACAAGCUUGUGUCCCCAUUAUAACACUAAAACCUAUAGGUAAUAGGGUGCCCUUUGGGACGGAAAAUGGUGUGAUGGUGUGGUGACCUGCCAACCGUUACUCUCCUCCUGUUUUGAGUGAAACUCACCAAGCUGCAGAGCAGUUUGCCGUGGGUUAACCCCAAGUUAGUGGUGUCUUUGGUGCAGACAAAAGAUUCAGGGAACCCAACUUCCUUAAAGCAGGGGAAGAAACAAACAACUGCCAGACAUUUUGUUGUUGUUGAUUGAUGUUUUAUUAAAAGAACUGACAUGCAGACAGAUAUAGAUGUACAUACAUGCAUACUUACACACAAGACACCCACUCUGCCGCUCUCAUGCAAACAUCUACAUGCAUCUUUCACUCUGAAAGUGACUCACAUCAAGAAUCCUGCAGCUCAUGUAAAGAAUACACUGAAUGAUGUUAUCAAAGUGUGUAUGAGACAGUAGCUAAUGGCCUCGUGCUGCUCACUCUGCCUGCAGUUGGAUGCGGUCUAGGCUGCCAAUGCCACCAGCUCUGAGGCCCUCACCACCUCCAAGGCAGAGAUCUCUGCCUCCAGGAAAGAACUGCAGGCCCUCAGUCUGGAGCUGCAGAGUCUGGUCAAUAUGAACAUGUCCCUGGAGCUUAGCUUUGCCCAGUCCAGUGGGGGCGUGGCGGAGUACCAGAACCAGAUCAGGGGCCUGGAGGAGGCCAUCGAUGUGGCUAAGGUGGACCUGCACAAGCAAAUCCUCAGCUACCAGGAGCUCCUGGAUGUCCAGCUGGUCCUGGACGCUGAGAUCACCACCUACCGGACACUUCUGAACUGGGAUGACCUUAGGUUAGAGUGCUGAUCUGUAAUCAGUUUUGCCUUAUGAUUGCGGGCUCAGAGCUCUCAUUCAAUUCAAUUGAAUGAAUACUUUAUUUCCAAUCGACACUGGUUAAUAAGGAUAUGGAUAGGACCUCAUAUUAUCCACAUCAUCCACCAGUGUCAGUGAGGCAAUAACCAGUUGGCUGUCCUUCUAGCUUCCCCGUCCAGUCCUAUGGCUCCUCCCCUCUCUACAUGUCCAUCUCACCCAGCCCCUCCUCCCACAUCAGGAGCCCCUCCUCCAAAUCUGGAGUUCUGGCAGAGCUCACUACAGUGAUGAAGAAAGAGUUUAGUUAAAGAUCAAAUAGUCAGUUCUGAGCAAAUCAGUAAAUGUCUUGCAUCAUUCAAUAUCAUUGAAAAAUUAAAUAGUUACCUGUUUUGGACCUCUCUUUCAGGGUAUUUGCAGAGAGUAUGUCUUUCACAAAGACUUCCUACACUUACACUGGUGAGAAAACAGUAUGAAGACCACCAGGCGUCUAUAGUCUCUUUCAGGGAAGGACUGGGACCAGAAAUAAUUUCCCCCCCUUGAGAGCUCUACAAUCAGCCCAUUUCCCCCCCUAAAGGCCCACAUUACUGGCCAAAUAAUGAUCAUUCUGUAAAAUAAAAUAAAAAUGUAUGCAGACCCACUGGCUUAAAGAUGGACCAGCCCAUCUGGCAUUUGCCCAAACUGCCAUAAUGCAGUCUGAGGAUAUGAGUAACUUAAUGACUAGGUAAAUCAUAGAUGUCACAUAUCCACACCAUUGAAACCAGAUAAUAACUAUUUAACCUUUCUUCUCCAUGCAUCACUGUGUUGUGUCAUUCGUCUUAGGAAGAGUGACACUCUUUCUUGAUAAAUUCUAUCUUAGAUUAAAAAAAGCUAAAUGUCAUUAAAGACUGU